AAAGCAGGACCUCUGCAGGUGCGGCUGCAGGGGGAAUUGCUCCUUCGGGCUGGCCCAGCGGGUGUUGAGGUGGAGCUUUAAUGCUCUGGCCGAAGGCACGUGGCCCAGUCGCAGCCAUGACGAUGGCCCGCUGGACCACGCUAGAGACGUGAGGCGUGGCUUCGAGCUGGCACAGGGCUGGAGAGGAGCCCUGUGCGAGAUUAGGGCUGACCUCUUGGAGGUAACAGGAGCGCUGGGUUUCAAGACCUGGCAAAAUCCUACCCACCCGUGUUUUGUUUGCAUGUGCCCCAAAGUUCAGCUGAAAACGUUUCCUCGGGAUGUCAACCACGUCUUGUGGGCGCCGCGGGACGAGGCCAUGUAUGUGAACAUGGUCAAUAACAGCCUUCAGACAGUUCAUGUGCUAGACGGAGCAUGUCUCACGCGCCUCCAGAGGAUCUUGAACUUUGACCAUAGUCGGGGAGGCUUGGUGACGACCCAAGAGAGCGCAGAAUUCAAUUUAGGGAAGGGUUUCCGCCUGAUCGAAAACGAGUUUUGCACCGAUAUCCAUAAGCUGGGUGACAUAGAGACGCCCUGUAACCUCAAAUUCUUCAACACGAAAGAUAACCAAGGGCUCGACUUUGUCUGUGCAUUAUUUGAUAUUGUGGGCGCGGGUGUUAAUACAAUAAUGUUAGAUGGUAUGCAUAUAAUGGACUUGGGCGUCGCGCAGUACGUGAUAGGGGCCACUUUCCACCAGCUAAUCAAGAACAACUUCUCUGGUUCUGCCGCCACAAGGAAGCCCGCGAGGGACCGCCAGUGCCUUCUGGACUUGCGCAGAAGGAUCCGAGCGCACUACCUAGCCACAGGGGCCAACAGGAAGAGAGGCGCCAAAUCGAUGAUCGGCAGGCUCACGCUCAAAAUGUUUCAGCCCGCGAAGGCGGGGUCCGCGCCGCGGCUUAAGGCGAAAGCCGCGGAGUCCAGGAACCUUGUCCCGCUACUGCCGCUCCUUUGCCAGGAGCACGACGCGUUCUUAGGGCCGCGUAAGGAAGCGCUGGUUCGAGCGGUCGGCCACCUUGCAAAUGUGCACAGGGUCCAGAAGGACGAGCAGAGACACAUGUCCCCUCAGGGCGCAGCCACCCUUAAGAAGCAAUUUGGGACUUUGCGCGUGCCCUACGCUAAAUGCGGAGUGGCCGCUGGUCCCGUCGCCGCGUUGAGCAUGAUUCGUUUCUUGAAUGCGUGGAAGGAGUACAGAGGCCACAUAGUUUUCAAAUUCCACGCAUGCAUUCACCUGGCCGAACAGGCCCUCUUGAAGGGUAACCCGCGGGCGUACUGGACGUACCCCGACGAGGCGGAGAAUCGGCUGAUGCAGCGGGUGGCGAAAUCCCUCCACGGCGGGCAGACAUUCUACGUCACGUUGCUCGAAAAGGUCGUGGCCUGA